AUCCACUAGAUCUAGACCCCCUCCCCAGCCAAGAUAUCGCACAUCAAAUUCACCUGCUCCGUCUUGAAUUUGCCAGGAAACUCUUAAGGAAUUUCAGACUAAUUUUGAAAAUGGCGAAGCGUUUGAUUCCAACUCUUAACAGAGUUCUUGUCGAGAAAAUCCUUCCGCCUUCCAAGACCACCGCCGGCAUUCUCCUGCCGGAGAAAUCCACCAAGCUGAACUCCGGGAAAGUGGUGGCCGUGGGUCCGGGAGCAAGGGACAAGGAAGGAAAACCGACCCCGGUUCCUUUUAAAGAAGGCGACACUGUUCUUUUACCUGAAUUUGGUGGUUCCCAAGUCAAGCUUGGCGACAAAGAGUUUCAUCUGUACAGAGAUGAAGAUAUUUUGGGUACUCUCCAUGAUUGAUCGAUUGAAAUGGGGCAUUAGCUUUGUUUUUAUGUUUGUGUUGUUCUAGGGUUUUUGAGGAUUAAUCAAACUGGAUGGAACUUAUUAACCAUCUUUAUUUGGUUCAAAAUCAUAAAUCAGUUCAUCAAUCGAAGAAUUUUCCAUUGAAUUGA